AUGAGAGUCCUCAGGACCCUGCGAGCAUUGCGCCCGCUGAGAGCGGUGGCCCGCUUUGCCGGCAUAAGGGUAAGGCCCGAUCUGACUGCUGACCACCGCCACCGACCGUCCACAGUAGACACCUAAGCUGUAGUUUCUGGUUGGCUUUGCGGUUGGCUUUUCAUUGACCUCUCUUCCUCCCUCUCUUACAUAGAUCCAAGAAGAGGUUUUGUGACCUAUUCUUAAUAGUCCAAUUUCUAUUUCUAAGUCUGUUAACAGGCCUCUUAAUUUGUUCUGCUAUGAAAUAAACUCAUUUUAACAUUAUAUCCCCUUGAAUAGCAGAUGGACGACCUCGAUGGGUGACAUCAACACACCUUUGAGUCUAAUGAGCUACUACCCGUCUUUCCCUUAGGGCAGUUGCUAACAGGAGGAACUCACCAGGGUGGUCCAGUGUUCCCUUUCAGGUUCUGUGUAUCGCGAUUUCUUUGAAUAGGUUGUGGCAGCCCCGCUAACCAUGUGGGUCCUUGCGCUUUCUGUCCCCACCUAGGUGUCUUUGGUGAGUCUAGUAGCUAACACGCUGGGCUACUCGGACUUCGCUGCCAUCAAAUCACUUAGAACCCUCAGAGCUCUGAGGCCACUAAGAGCACUGUCCCGAUUUGAAGGCAUGCGGGUAAGAGUCAUCUCUCCUCUCUGACUCAUCAACUCCCGAUUGUCCUCUAACCAUCUUCAUCGUCACUCUCUCUACCUCUGUUGCCACCCUUUCUUUCCCUUACCAGCAGUUUCUAUUCAGAAUACUCCAAAUAUUUUCCCACUUUAUCUCUCCACUUAUAGUGUUAUAAUGCUGUCAAAUCCAAUUCUCCAGCUAAUGCCACUAAUCCAUUAACAAACUUUCCCUUGGAGCCGGCAGUGGCAAUAUUAGCACAAAGUGGCAAUAUUAGCGCGAAGAGAUAUUUCCCCUCAACUCUCCCCUCAGCCUGACAUGAUACCUCAUUAUCUGACUUAUCACUUUGGAUAAGAUUUAUUUCAUAUUAAGCUUUAUUUUGCAGUCUUUUCUACCUGUUAUUUACAUAGAGCUUUCAUGGUGAAAUGAUAAUUAGGCCCUACAUCAUAAUUUGUAAUCAUCAAAACAGGUACCAUAAAAUGUGUACAACAUACUGAAGUUAAAACAGAAAAUUGCCUAUUGUUACCACAUAAUUACCAAGUAAAUACUUGACAGAUACCUGUUGUACCACUUAUGUCAAAUACAGCAUCAGCAUCCAUUUGUGUUGGAUCCUUAGAAUCUUUCAUGAUCUUCGAUCCACCAAAUCAUGUCUAGUUCUAUCAUGUCUAACUAUACAUAAUGCUUCACAUCAUUAUGAGGAUGGCCAAAUAGACUGAAGUGCCUGAGUAGAGUAGAUAAAGUAAAUAGAUUGAACUACAACUGUAGUCUUAGAGCUCUCCAGCAGUAUUACAUUUCAUGUAAAUUCUUCAACCCUAGGCUCUAACAUGUAACAUCAUGACACGAUUUCUUCCUUAAAUUAUUUUCAGAUUCUUUGAUAGAUUCUUUUGAAAGGAGAAAUUGCACAUGUAUGUGUCUAACGAAAAAAACAGUGUAAUUACAUAGUAGUUGCUUGGUAAUGGAAUUGAGCAUUUUCUGUAAUUACAAGUUUUCAGUUACAAAGACCAGUUCUUACUAAAUCAAUGUUCUUACAGGGAAAUUACAGCCUCAUUACACAGGAAUAUGGACAAAUACAUGUAGUGUUAUCAGAAAAGCUGAUAAAUAUGACAGUAUUAUGCAUGUACAUGCCUAAUCCACUUAGUAUGGAGUAUUUCCAUUAUCUCAUUCCAAUCUGUCUUUACUCAUCUGUGAUAUUACAUUACAAGUUGUUGCUCACUUCUGACAGUAUUAAUAUUAUUCUCCUUGCUAUUCCACUGUUUGUUUUAGCUGUUGAUUUUCUUAUUACGUUCUCUUGCAUGCAUCCCCGUGUUCAGAUAUUCCGAUUAAUGUUUAGCCCGUAACAUUUCCAUAAUCAUUAUUCAUUCCCUAAAGCACAUCCUUAAACCCUCUUGAACAUUUCAUGCACACUGUAGUUAAGAUUUUGGGCUAUUGUUCCCUCCCAUUACACAGUGUUCGUUUUCUAAGUCAACACCUGUCAGCCUAGCUUGUGGCCUCUAAUAUGUAUAUAAUUUCCCCUGACUUCCACUGGAAUUAAUUUGAAUUCCUGCCAAUGAAAUUUGCAUGCUGUCGGAAAUGGGGGGCUGAUGUCCGCCGAGCUCGCUGCUCUCUGCCACUGUAAAUCUGGAAAAUGGGAUUAGGCGUCAUGCUGCUUUAAAAUGGCUGGGUCCGCUACUCGGUGGUAAACACAAAGUGGAAGUGCAACCCGGCUAUACAGAGGCACCGAGUCUGUGUGAGCAGCAGAUUUCUUUGUGACACCCUCUUGAGGGAUGUGCGGGGCUAAACCCCCUAUCCACUGGUUCCAUUAGAGCUGUGACACUCAGGAACUCCUGGCUCAGCACUCACUUCCUCUCAACCAGGAAAUCUCUUACCAGGGUGGUUUGAAAAGAUGCUGCUGCUCCUGAUUGAAUAUAAGACAUGCUCUUAAUAAUCUCAUUUGCCAGAUUCACUAGUUUGCAUGAACUUUGGACAUUUGGGGUUUGAUUAUUAUCUUUUAUUAGGAUCUCUUUUGUUUGAGUGGUUUGAUAUUUUGUGUUUGGGGGGAUAUGGAUUGGGUAAGCACUUAGGGUAGGUGAAUUGAACCACAAGCAUGUAGACACUGAGUUUCUCUGAUUGACUGACUGUCGUGUGUGGCACGUGACAGCAAAAGGGUUCUGGAUGGAUACCUGACUUGAUGUGUGUUUCCAUGGCAACAGGUUGUGGUGAACGCCCUGAUCGGCGCCAUCCCGUCCAUCAUGAAUGUCCUGCUGGUGUGCCUAAUCUUCUGGCUCAUCUUUAGCAUCAUGGGGGUCAACCUGUUCGCCGGCAAGUACGGCCGCUGCGUCAACCGGACGGGCUACAUCCACAACGUGUCUGUGGUCAACAACAAGACCGACUGCCUGGCCAUGAACGACACGCAGUUCUACUGGACCAAAGUCAAGGUCAACUUCGACAACGUGGGCGCUGGUUACCUUGCACUCCUACAAGUUGUGAGUUUGGCAUUUUUUUCCCUUUCCUUUAAGUUUUCCUCACAGUUUGAGACGUUCUUUCCUCCCACUUGUACUUUAUACUUUUUGUCGCUGCCCACCUUUUCUGUCCAGAGAGCCCCGAAUCAAUCAACAAGUCGCUAGGCUCUUAUUUUUAGCAGCAACGGGGGCCAUUACAGAGAAUUGGGUGCUCAGCGAGAGUGCAUGCACUUCAUUCUUCGUUUUAACUUAGUUGGUGCGGUAGCCUAGCAACAAUUCACUUAACUCCUUUCUGUCACCUUCUUGUGACUUGCCUCCAUGCAAACCUCCCAUUUGCAUCUGGAAAUAGUCUGGACCUCUGUUAUUCAACAAAAGCCAGUAAUAACCUGUAACCAAAGCAAAAAGGCCCACCUCCGUGAUUUCUCGCUGAUAAGAACUCACUUGUGUUGAAGUAGGGCUCCCCGCUCACUCUCCUUUUUCCUCCCUCUAGAAAGACACUCCAUGCAGUCAGGAAGAAGCCCAUAUAAGUCCUUUCUGCUGCCAUUCAUAAAAAUAUAUCUCUAACAUGGCACACGUGCAGUAUUUAUUUUGUAGAGACUGUAUGUGGUCUUCCUUUAAAGGAACAAUAGAUACCCGCACUCUGCCUCAGAGUUUGGAAAAAUCCAGAGGCUGGAAAUGCAAAAAUAUACAGUAUACAGUACCAGUCAAAAGUUUGGACACACCUACUCAUUCCAAGGUUUUUCUUUAUUUUUACUAUUUUCUACAUUGUAGAAUAAUAGUGAAGACAUCAAAGCUAUGAAAUAACACAUACAGUGAGGGAAAAAAGUAUUUGAUCCCCUGCUGAUUUUGUACGUUUUCCCACUGACAAAUAAAUGAUCAGUCUAUAAUUUUAAUGGUAGGUUUAUUUGAACAGUGAGAGACAGAAUAACAACAAAAAAAUCCAGAAAAACGCAUGUCAAAAAUGUUAUAAAUUGAUUUGCAUUUUAAUGAGGGAAAUAAGUAUUUGACCCUCUCUCAAUCAGAAAGGUUUCUGGCUCCCAGGUGUCUUUUAUACAGGUAACGAGCUGAGAUUAGGAGCACACUCUUAAAGGGAGUGCUCCUAAUCUCCGUUUGUUACCUGUAUAAAAGACACCUGUCCACAGAAGCAAUCAAUCAAUCAGAUUCCAAACUCUCCACCAUGGCCAAGACCAAAGAGCUCUCCAAGGAUGUCAGGGACAAGAUUGUAGACCUACACAAGGCUGGAAUGGGCUACAAGACCAUCGCCAGGCAGCUUGGUGAGAAGGUGACAACAGUUGGUGCGAUUAUUCGCAAAUGGAAGAAACACAAAAUAACUGUCAAUCUCCCUCGGCCUGGGGCUCCAUGCAAGAUCUCACCUCGUGGAGUUGCAAUGAUCAUGUGAACGGUGAGGAAUCAGCCCAGAACUACACGGGAGGAUCUUGUCAAUGAUCUCAAGGCAGCUGGGACCAUAGUCACCAAGAAAACAAUUGGUAACACAUUACGCCGUGAAGGACUGACAUCCUGCAGCGCCUGCAAGGUCCCCCUGCUCAAGAAAGCACAUAUACAUGCCCGUCUGAAGUUUGCCAGUGAACAUCUGAAUGAUUCAGAGGAUAACUGGGUGAAAGUGUUGUGGUCAGAUGAGACCAAAAUUGAGCUCUUUGGCAUCAACUCAACUCGCCGUGUUUGGAGGAGGAGGAAUGCUGCCUAUGACCCCAAGAACAACAUCCCCACCAUCAAACAUGGAGGUGGAAACAUUAUGCUUUGGGGGUGUUUUUCUGCUAAGGGGACAGGACAACUUCACCGCAUCAAAGGGACGAUGGACGGGGCCAUGUACCGUCAAAUCUUGGGUGAGAACCUCCUUCCCUCAGCCAGGGCAUUGAAAAUGGGUCGUGGAUGGGUAUUCCAGCAUGGCAAUGACCCAAAACACACGGCCAAGGCAACAAAGGAGUGGCUCAAGAAUAAGCACAUUAAGGUCCUGGAGUGGCCUAGCCAGCCAGAGGGAGCUGAAGGUUCGAGUUGCCAAACGUCAGCCUCGAAACCUUAAUGACUUGGAGAAGAUCUGCAAAGAGAAGUGGGACAAAAUCCCUCCUGAAACGUGUGCAAACCUGGUGGCCAACUACAAGAAACGUCUGACAUCUGUGAUUGCCAACAAGGGUUUUGCCACCAAGUACUAAGUCAUGUUUUGCAGAGGGGUCAAAUACUUAUUUCCCUCAUUAAAAUGCAAAUCAAUUUAUAACAUUUUUGACAUGCGUUUUUCUGGAUUUUUUUUGUUGUUAUUCUAUUUCUCACUGUUCAAAUAAACCUACCAUUAAAAAUUAUAGACUGAUCAUUUCUUUGUCACUGGGCAAACGUACAAAAUCAGCAGGGGAUCAAAUACUUUUUUUCCCUCACUGUAUAGAAUCAUGUAGUAACCAAAAAAGUGUUAAACAAAUCAAAAUAUAUUUUAUAUUUGAGAUUCUUCAAAGUAGCCACCCUUUGCCUUGAUGACAGCUUUGCACACUCUUGGCAUUCUCUCAACCAGCUUCAUGAGGUAGUCACCUGGAAUGCAUUUCAAUUAACAGGUGUGCCUUUUUUAAAGUUAAUUUGUGGAAUUUCUUUCCUUCUUAAUGCGUUUCAGCCAAUCAGUUGUGUUGUGACAAGGGAAUGGUGGUAUACAGAAGAUAGGCCAUAUUAUGGCAAGAACAGCUCAAAUAAGCAAAGAGAAAUGACAGUCCAUCAUUACUUUAAGACAUGAAAGCCAGUCAAUCCGGAAAAUUUCAAGUGCAGUCGCAAAAACCAUCAAGCGCUAUGAUGAAACUGGCUCUCAUGAGGACCACCACAGGAAAGAAAGACACAGAGUUACCUCUGCUGCAGAGGAUAAGUUCAUUAGAGAUAACUGCACCUCAGAAAUUGCAGCCCAAAUAAAUGGUUACUACAUGAUUCCAUAUGUGUUAUUUCAUCGUUUUGAUGUCUUCACUAUUAUUCUACAAUGUAGAAAAUAGUAAAAAAUAAAGACAAAUGAGUAGGUGUGUCCAAACUUUUGACUGGUACUGUACAUAUUACCUCAAUUACCUCGACUAACCUGUACCCCAGCACAUUGACUCGGUACCGGUGCCCCCUGUAUAUAGCCUCGUUAUUGUUAUUUUAUUGUAUUACUUUUUAUACUUUAGUUAUUUAGUAAAUAUUUUCUUAACUCUUAUUUUCUGAAAACUGCAUUGUUGUUUAAGGGCUUGUAAGUAAGCAUUUCACCGUAAGGUCUACCUGUUAUAUUCGGCCCAUGUGACAAAUAUAAAUUGAUUUGAAACAUUGGCAGUAGAAUGGCCUUACUGAAGAGCUCAGUGACACUGUCAUAGGAUGCCACCUUUACAACUAGUCAGUUCGUCAAAUUUCUGCCCUGCUAGAGCUGCCCCGGUCAACUGUAACUGCUGUUAUUGUGAAAUGGAAAUGUCUAGGAGCAACAACGGCUCAGCCGCGAAGUGGUAGGCCACUCAAGCUCACAGAACGGGACCGCCGAGUGCUGAACCCUGUAGCUUGUAAAAAUCGUCUGUCCUCAGUUGCAACACUCACUACCGAAUUCCAAACUGCCUCUGGAAGCAACAUCAGCACAAGAACUGUUCGUCGGGAGCUUCAUGAAAUGGAUUUCCAUUGCCGAGCAGCCGCACACAAGCCUAAGAUCACCUUGUGCAAUGCCAAGUGUCGGCUGGAGUGGUGUAAAGAUUGCCGCCAUUGGACUCUGGAGCAGUGGAAACGUGUUCUCUAGAGUGAUGAUUCACGCUUCACCAUCUGGCAAUGCAACGGACAAUGCCCCGUGCGAGCCAGGCCUAAUCGCCCAACAUCAGUGCCCGACCUCACUAAUGUUCUUGUGGCUGAAUGGAAGCAAGUCCCCGCAGCAAUGUUCCAACAUCUAGUGGAAAGCCUUCCCAGAAGAGUGGAGGCUGUUAUAGCAGCAAAGGGGGGACCAUCUCCAUAUUAAUGCCCAUGAUUUUGGAAUGAGAUGUUCGACUAGCAAGUGUCCACAUACUUUUGGUAAUGAAGUGUAUCUUCAAAUUUGAUUUCAAAACCAAACAACUUUUACUGCAUGAACGUUGUCUAUACAAAUGCAUCCUUUGUCCUCUGCAUGUGUUUAUAUGGCGAUAAUAGUGGCACACCACCUCUAAUAACCUCCUCAUGCUCAUUUAAGUUGAUGUCCUUUGUUACAAGGCUACAUUCAAAGGCUGGAUGGACAUCAUGUAUGCAGCAGUGGAUUCUCGUGCUGUAAGUAUUAAACAUCAAUGUACUUGUUUUGAAAGCAUUUCACUGUAAUGUCUACACCUGUUGUAGUCGGCGCAUGUGGCAAAUAACAUUUGAUUUGAUUUGAUUUAUAACAUUUUGGAACGGGUUUAGUACUUAGAGCUUUGGUAUUUUCAUUAAUGGCUGUCUUUGUCAUAACCAUGCCUUGAUGCAAUAUCACCAUAACAUUUACCAGAAAACACAGAUUUCAACUGAUAAAAAUGUAGCUGAAUGAUGUAUCGCUCUAACAUGGUUUUUCCCUGGCUGAACUAGGUGGAGGAACAGCCUAUCAGAGAGGUCAACAUGUACAUGUACCUCUACUUCGUCAUCUUCAUAAUCUUUGGCUCCUUCUUCACCCUCAACCUCUUCAUCGGGGUCAUCAUCGACAACUUCAACCAGCAGAAACGAAAGAUAAGUAUCAAAAGCAUCAUGGCCAACAAAUGGUUUGAUGUGAACAAACCAGAUACCUGCCAUGAAAAAAAAGUGUUAUUUUCACAGUGAAAAUAACAGAAAAGGGACAUCUCUUUACUUAGGUGGGCAAGACAUCUUCAUGACAGAGGAACAGAAAAAGUAUUACAACGCCAUGAAGAAGCUAGGGUCUAAAAAGCCUCAGAAACCGAUUCCAAGGCCAGUGGUAAGCUGGAGCUAAUUGAACCCUACUUUCUUGAUCUUAUUAAAGGGAUAGCUCAUUUUUUGAAAGUAUUAGCUUAUUUUCGAUAACACCCCAGAUAAGUCGAAAAUAGGUUAAAACCUAAAAAAAGUGAACUAUUCCUUUAAUUUUCUUCGCCCUAGUGUAUUAGCGUCUUGCGUUCCAAAAGAGCUUUUCACCCACUCCUCACUCCACUUCUCUUCUCCCAGAACCAAGUGCAGGGCUUCUUCUUUGACCUGGUGGGCAAGCAGGCGUUCGACAUCAUCAUCAUGGUCCUCAUCCUGCUCAACAUGAUUACCAUGAUGGUGGAGACGGACGAGCAGCCGGCCCAUAUGGAGUACAUCCUCAACAAAAUCAACCUGGCCUUCAUCAUCAUCUUCUCCUGCGAGUGCCUCAUCAAGAUCGUGGCGCUGCGCUGCUACUUCUUUACCAUUGGCUGGAACAUCUUCGACUUUGUGGUGGUCAUCCUCUCCAUCGUUGGUGAGUCUGUUGCUUGGGCUUAAUCAGGGUUUUUCAAUUAUUCUUAUUACAAUGUAAUUACAUGGGUUCGUCAACUGGCAGUUAUACUGGAAUAAGGUUGCUAUAUGUAGCUAUUUGUACCUGAUGGCUGGCCAACGGUUUGACCUUGGGUUGGCUGACAAUGUCACGAAAAUAAUGUGUGCGCAUUAAUGGGGCCAGAAGCUGUGCUUUGUUAUGAUUCUGAACGGUCAGAUAGCUAGCAAUAAUGACAAGAAGCUGCCAUGUGGGGAAUUGUAGGUGGCUCGUUUCAGCUAGUUUUAUCUUGCUCUUGAUACCAUGUCUUGUUUUGUGGUGUUUUGACUGAUUUCAUGUCAACGCUAAUAUGGCUAAAAUUAGCUAGCUAGCUAACCAACAACUGUAACAAUGUAUUUGAGGGACAACAAGUGCUCCUUGUGCAAAUGUAUUUAUGUUUUCAAUAAACAUUUGGAGACUAAAUAUAGUUUACAUGUUGUCAACAAUCUAAGCCAACCCCGACUGUUUUGCCACAUACUUGCGCACACAUCGAUUUUGUUGCUAAACAACCAACUUGUCUAUAAGCAAGGUAUUCCAUGUCACUAGCUGGCCCGUACACAGAUUAUGACAUUUAGCUUGGGACCUUGAAAUUUACCAACAAAAAUCUAAUCAACAGAUUACAAAUUAUUUUCAUUUAGUUCCAAAAAAUGUCAUGCUCAAAGAACACAUUUCAGAAUCUUAAUUGUGUUUUUCAAUGCAAUGGACAAUAUACCUUGGCCAUCAUCCAAUAUUUUAGGGUCCAUUUGGCAAGGUUAUCUAUCAUGUCAAUCAAGUCAUUGAAAGUAAGUGGGAAUAUAUCUGAUGAACCAGGGGCACUGUGCUUACACUAGGUAAUAGCCUCUGUUCAGUAUCCGCCAAACGGAUUUCCCUUUCUGUGAACAUAUACGUCCUGCAUUGCCCCGGUGGGGAACUCAAGCGAACCAAAGGGCCAGCACAUAGAUCGAAUCUAAGUAGCUGCCCCCAUGCUAACUGACGUGUGUGGGCAAGGAUGCCCCUGUUGAGGUGAAGGUAAUUGUAGCAAUCAGGGCUGUCAGUGGGGGUGAUUUGGGCGUGAUUGAGGUGCUGCAUCAGCUGACUGUAGAUGGUGGGAGGGCUGGGGUCUUGUCAUAUGGCUCUCAAGGGUGGCUCCCAACCGCCCUCCCCAAUCCAUCUCAGGUGCGAGUCUUGUUCCAUGGGGAGAGUAGGGUCACAAAUCAGGGACAGAUGGUAAAUUGGUUGUGGGGGUGAGAGGGCUGGGAGGCAACAUGAAUGUCAUUUGAGGGCAGACAGACUCUGUAGUAAGAGUGGAAGCCUUUAUCAUGGGCUCAUUGGUGAGUGAGAUUGAGGAAGCUGGAAUUUACAGGGAGGAGAAGGCAGCUUAAUAUUGAUGGCAAGGAGACCCUCUCCUUCAGCCUAAUUCACUCCUGGUUACCAAUUGUCAACCUAAUUCCAUAAGAUAUUGUGUACAUAGUGUGAAGUGGCGGCAGGUAGCCUAACGGUUAAGAGUGUUGGGUCAGUAACCAAAAGGUUACUGGUUCGAAUCCCUGAGCUGAUUAGGUGAAACAUCUGUCGAAUCGCCUUUGAGCAUGGCACUUAGUCCUAAUCGCUCCUGUAGGUCACUCUGGAUACGAGCAUCUGCUAAAUGACGUGAAAGAGCUGACCUUACUCUAUGCCAUUUAAUGGUUCAUGAUGGUCUAUUAGAAGUACAGAGAUCUCAUUCAUGUUUUUUUCCCCUCCUUUCUUCCAGGUAUCGUUCUCGCUGACAUCAUAGAAAAGUACUUUGUGUCGCCCACUCUGUUCCGAGUCAUCCGAUUAGCCAGGAUCGGACGAGUAUUGCGACUCAUCCGCGGAGCCAAAGGAAUAAGGACCUUACUCUUUGCCUUAAUGAUGUCCCUUCCUGCCCUGUUCAACAUCGGCCUCCUGCUCUUCCUUGUAAUGUUCAUCUACGCCAUCUUUGGCAUGGCCAACUUUGCCUACGUCAAGAAGCAGGCAGGCAUCGACGACAUGUUCAACUUCGAGACAUUCGGCAACAGUAUGAUCUGUCUGUUCCAGAUCACCACGUCGGCAGGCUGGGACGGCCUGCUCAGCCCCAUCCUCAACAACUCUCCGGAAGAGUGCAACCCCAACCUCAUCCACACAGGCACAAACGCCCGGGGAAACUGUGGCAACCCCUCGGUGGGCAUCACCUUCUUCGUCACCUACAUCAUCAUCUCCUUCCUCAUAGUGGUAAACAUGUACAUCGCCAUCAUCCUGGAGAACUUCAGCGUGGCCACCGAGGAGAGCACGGAGCCGCUGAGUGAGGAUGACUUUGAGAUGUUCUACGAGGUGUGGGAGAAGUUUGACCCAGAAGCCACGCAGUUUAUCGAGUAUGCCAAGCUGUCAGACUUUGCAGACACGCUGUCGGAGCCGCUGCGCAUCGGCAAGCCCAACAAGAUCAAGCUGAUCUCCAUGGACCUGCCCAUGGUGAGCGGUGAUAAGAUCCACUGCCUGGACAUUCUGUUCGCCUUCACCAAGCGCGUGCUGGGCGAGUCGGGCGAGAUGGAUGCUCUCAAACAGCAGAUGGAGGAGAAGUUCAUGAUGGCCAAUCCGUCCAAGAUCUCCUACGAGCCCAUCACCACCACGCUGAGGCGCAAGCAGGAGGAUGUGUCAGCCGCUGUCAUCCAGAGGUGCUACCGCAGGCACCUGGUGCGGAGGCAAAUGAAGCAAGCCUCCUUCCUGUACAGAUCAAUGCAGAUCAAUCUGACGCAGAGCCCCACGGGCGACGGGGGCACCGCUCCAGAGAAAGAGGGCCUCAUAGCCUCCAUGAUCAAGGAGAACUACGGGGGGCCUGAGAUGGAGCUGAUGGAGACCCUGUCCUCCACCUCCUCUCCGCCGUCUUACGACAGUGUCACACGGGAGACUAGUGAACUUUUCCAAGUUCUGAUUUCCGAACAGUCAAGGAACACUGACCUGAGGGAACAUUGCCCUGCCCCCGACAGAGAACCAGAUAGAGACUGCGAGACAUUUCUGUAA